AGCGCAGAGAGAGAAGAGAGAGAGAGAGAGAGAGAGAGAGAGAGAGCGUGUGAAUUCGCGCGUGGCGUUGGGCGGUGACCGACCUUCUCUCGUCGUUGCCCCUUCUGCUUAGCACCCAUCAAUUGAUUACACGUUAACUCUAUUCAAUCUCGAGUUUUUCCGGCAAUCAGAAUGCUUUGCUCGCUGCUCUGAGUGUCGUCGCCCCCUCAAUUGCAUUCUAUUCGGCCCUCGUAUGAUCCUCGGACUCUUUACUCUCGAUCAGGGGCUUUCACUCCGAUUUCCCAACGUUUCCGUCUGUUUGAUUUUAAUCGACUUUGGUCGUCAACCCGUGGUGCAAUUUGGGGCUUUUGGUUUUUGGAUAUUGGAAAUUGGAAAUCGAACAGCUCCUUGCAUGUGUUUUCAUACGUACACUGGAUGGGUUCAUUACACCAGCCAGCAUUGAGCAGAUAAACACGUGUUGGUGAUAUAAUGUGAGGUUUUCAUGUAUGUGGUGAAAUUUUAUGCGGUUCUUGAUAUUUUGGAGCCUACGGGAUAAGGAUGAAUUUGCAGGCACAUAUGUCUGGACAAAUAUCAGGGCAGGUGCCUAAUCAAAUUGGUAGUCAGUUGCCUGGACUUUCUCAGCAGAAUGGAAGUUCUAUUUCUAACCAAAUAGGGGGUCAUCGUAAUACUCUAAUUAUGGAUAUUGAGCUAGCGAAGGCACGCAGAUUUAUGCAAGAGAAGAUCUAUGAAUAUCUUAUGCAACGGCAACAGGGUCAUGAAAUACAAACUAAUCGGAUUCUGGACAUUGUAAGACGCCUAGACGACAUUCUGUUGAGGAAUGCUGCCUCCAAGGAGGAGUAUAUAAACCUUGAGACUCUUGAAAAUCGUUUGCAUGGUCUGAUCAAGCGUUUACCAAUGAGUAAUCACAACCAACAAUAUCCACAGGUUGUUAAUUCCUCCUCUUCUAUUGGUACAAUGAUACCAACUCCUGGUAUGCAACAUGGUGGGAAUUCAAGCAUGAUGGUUACAUCUUCCAUGGAUACUUCCCUGUUAGCUGCCAGCGGGGGUAAUAACAUUGCGCCUGCAACUGGGAAUGCUGGAAGUGUAUUGCCAACUACUAGUGGGCCUUCCGUUGCAGUCCACAAUAGUUCUUUCAACUCUUCUAAUGGUCCCAUAUCUAAUGGGUAUCAACAGUCGCCUUCUAAUUUUUCCAUAAGUUCCAGUGGAGGUGUACAAAGAAUGGCAAGCCAAAUGAUCCCCACUCCUGGAUUUAAUAGCAACAGUAAUCAUUAUUCUGUGAAGUUGGAAUCUUCUAAUACUACUGGUGCCUUUUCAACUGUUGAAUCCACUAUGGUACCCCAGACUUUGGCCCAAAAGCAACAAGUUGGUGGCCAAAACAGCCGGAUACUGCACAGCCUUGGGAGUCACAUAGGUGGUGGACUUAGGUCUGGUUUGCAGCAGAAAUCUUAUGGAUUUUCAAAUGGGGCUUUAAAUGGUGGUUUAAGUACGCGAGGAAAUUUACAGUUGAUCAAUGGUCCUGGAACUUCUGAGGGCUAUAUGACGGCCACAUCAUAUGGCAGUUCACCCAAAUCUUUACAACAUUUUGACCAACAUCAGCGGACGUUGAUACAGGGUGAUGGAUAUGGAAUGAGCACUUCUGAUUCUUCAGGACCUGGGCAAUUCUAUGGUAUAACCACUGCUGGUUCAGCAAUGAACAAUCAGAAUUUGAAUCCAACAAACUUGCAGCCUACAUCGAGGACCAACUCUCCAAUGAUAACUACUCAGUCAAAUUUACGCAGUACCCAGCAGGCUGCUCAUGUAAAGUCUCAAUCUAUUGAUCAAUCAGAAAAGAUGAACUUUCAAGCUUCUAGCUCUUUGCAAGACAAUCUCUUGCAAACUAAUCACCAGCAACAGUUUCAGCAGCAGCCUCAGUUCCAUCAACAGCAAUUUGUUCAACAUCAGCGGCAACAAAAGCAGCAAAUUCUGCAGCAUCAGAUAUUGUUAAAGCAUGAGUCUUUGGGUCAUUCUCAGUUAAAUUCUGAUAUAGGCAGUCAACCAAGGCCUGAGCAUGGAGUUGAGAUUCGUGAUGAAGCUCUACACUCACAAGUCUCAGAACAGUUCCAAUUUCCUGAGUUGCAGAACCAGUUUCAGCAAAGAUCUGCUGAGAAUCAUUCCACAGGGACUCAGGCACUUUCUGUUCCCUCUGUCUCACAAGGUGUGUGCUCAUCACAGGUUCAAACUUCACGACAGAUGCAACAGUUGUUGCAUCCUAACCAGUUGGUUGUGGACUCCCAAAGUGAUUUUGGCUGCCUUUCUGUUGGAGUACAAUCAGAGGGGCUGCUACUGGGUCAAUGGCAUCCUAAGUCACAGGACAGGUCUUCUAUGUUGGGGAACUUGUUGCACGAACAGAAUAUUCAGGAUGAAUUCCGUCAGAGAAUAAGUGGGCAAGAUGAAGCACAGCAAAAUAAUUUAUCAUCAGAAGGAUUUAUUUGUGAGACUUCUGUUACUAGAACAGUAGAGCCCCCAAACUCAGGUGGUUCUGCCUGUAGAUCUGGUAAUCCAAACCGUGAACGGCAGUUCAAGAAUCAACAAAGGUGGCUAUUGUUUUUGAGGCAUGCCCGUCGGUGUAUGGCCCCAGAAGGGAAAUGCCAGGAAGUUAACUGCAUAACUGUCCAAAAACUUUGGAGACAUCUUGACCAAUGCAAUGCAUCUCAAUGUCCGUAUCCUCGUUGCCACCAUACAAAGAUGCUACUGAAUCAUCACAAGCAUUGCAGGGACCUAGGUUGCCCUGUUUGUGUUCCUGUCAAGAAUUAUAUACAAGCGCAACAGAAGGCUCGUCCCCGCUCAGAUUCUAAUUCUGCUAUGGAAGUUUCUACCAAUAUAUCCAGUAAAUCAUAUGAUAAUGUAGAGACUACUGCUCAAUUGACUUCAAAUACGAGUCCUCCAGUUGAAACUUCGGAAGAUUCACUGCCUUUGCUGAAGCGCAUAAAGAUAGAGCCGCCUUCCCAGUCUCUUCCUACUGAGAGUGAAAGUUCUGCUGUUGCAGUUCCUGCCAGUGGUGAGUCUCAUCUACACCAUGGUGCACAGGGCGAGGAAUUCCAACAUGUUCACACUAGUAUGGAUCUGAAAACUGAGCCUGCAGAGGUAAAGACUGACAUUCCUGUAGGCUCUGGGCAAGGAAAUCCUAAUAUUACUGACAUGAAGAAAGACUAUAUGGAUGAUACAUAUAGCCAAAAGGCAACUGGUGCUCCUGUGAUGCCUGAUGAUACAGCUGGUUCUGCUCAGCAAAAGUUCAUUACAGUUGAGAAAGGGUUGGUCUCUGCAAAGCAUGAAAAUGUGACACCACCUGCUGAAAAUCCUACUGGAACAAAGUCUGGGAAGCCAAAAAUAAAGGGUGUAUCAUUGAUGGAGCUAUUCACUCCUGAGCAAGUGAACGAACACAUCAGAAGUCUCAGGCAAUGGGUUGGCCAGAGUAAAGCAAAGGCAGAAAAAAACCAAGCAAUGGAGCAUUCAAUGAGUGAGAACUCAUGCCAGCUGUGUGCUGUCGAGAAGCUGACUUUUGAGCCACCACCUAUAUAUUGUUCGCCAUGUGGUGCUCGUAUUAAAAGAAAUGCAAUGUAUUAUACCAUGGGAGCUGGAGAGACGAGGCACUUCUUCUGUAUUCCGUGCUAUAAUGAUUCUCGUGGAGAUACUAUUGUGUUUGAUGGAACUGCUAUUCCAAAGGCAAAACUGGAGAAGAAGAGAAACGAUGAGGAGACGGAAGAAUGGUGGGUUCAAUGUGACAAGUGUGAGGCUUGGCAACAUCAAAUAUGUGCACUGUUUAAUGGUCGAAGAAAUGAUGGUGGACAAGCUGAAUACACUUGUCCAAACUGCUAUAUAGCUGAAAUCGAAAGAGGAGAGCGUACACCCUUGCCUCAGAGUGCUGUUCUUGGUGCAAAAGAUCUGCCUAGAACAAUCCUCAGUGACCACAUAGAGCAGCGGUUAUUCAAGCGGUUGAAGCAGGAAAGACUAGACAGGGCAAAGGCUCAGGGGAAAAGUUAUGAUGAGGUUCCAGGAGCAGAAUCACUUGUAAUUAGAGUAGUGUCAUCAGUAGACAAAAAAUUGGAAGUGAAGCAGCGAUUUCUUGAGAUUUUUCAAGAAGAGAAUUAUCCAACAGAAUUCUCAUACAAGUCAAAGGUAGUAUUGUUAUUUCAGAAAAUUGAAGGAGUGGAAGUAUGCCUGUUUGGCAUGUAUGUUCAAGAAUUUGGAUCAGAGUGUCUACAGCCAAAUCACCGACGUGUUUAUCUCUCAUAUCUGGAUUCUGUCAAGUAUUUCAGGCCUGAGAUUAAAGCUGUGACUGGAGAGGCACUCCGUACAUUUGUUUAUCAUGAAAUUCUGAUUGGAUAUCUAGAAUAUUGCAAGAUACGUGGUUUCACAAGUUGCUACAUAUGGGCUUGCCCACCAUUAAAGGGUGAAGACUAUAUUUUAUAUUGCCAUCCAGAGAUUCAAAAAACACCAAAAUCUGAUAAACUUAGGGAAUGGUAUUUAUCUAUGUUAAGAAAGGCUUCAAAAGAGAACAUAGUGGUCGACCUCACUAAUUUAUAUGACCAUUUCUUUGUGACCACGGGCGAAUGCAAGGCUAAGGUCACUGCUGCACGUUUACCUUAUUUUGAUGGAGACUACUGGCCUGGUGCUGCAGAAGAUAUGAUCUAUCAGCUUCAGCAAGAAGAAGAUGGUAGAAAACAACAUAAAAAAGGGACAACCAAAAAGACCAUAACAAAAAGGGCUUUAAAAGCGUCUGGUCAAUCUGAUCUUUCCAGCAAUGCAUCAAAGGAUCUACUACUGAUGCACAAACUCGGUGAAACAAUUUGCCCGAUGAAGGAAGAUUUUAUCAUGGUCCACUUGCAGCCUGCAUGUUCUCAUUGCUGUAUUCUAAUGGUAUCUGGACAUCAAUGGGUUUGCAAGCAGUGCAGAAAUUUUCAGCUUUGUGACAAGUGUUAUGAUGCUGAACAAAAACUUGAAGAGAGAGAGAGACACCCUAUCAAUCAAAGGGACAAGCACAUACUAUAUGCAGUUGAAAUCAAUGAUGUACCUGAAGAUACAAAGGACAAAGAUGAGAUUCUUGAGAGUGAAUUCUUUGAUACAAGACAAGCAUUUUUGAGUCUCUGUCAAGGCAAUCAUUAUCAAUAUGAUACCCUCCGCCGAGCUAAACAUUCUUCCAUGAUGGUCCUUUACCAUCUUCACAAUCCUACUGCUCCUGCAUUUGUAACAACAUGUAACAUAUGUCAUCUUGAUAUUGAAGCUGGUCAAGGUUGGCGAUGUGAGAUUUGCCCUGAUUAUGACGUAUGCAAUUCUUGUUAUCAAAAGGAUGGUGGAAUUGAUCAUCCUCAUAAGUUGACGAAUCAUCCAUCCACAGCUGAACGCGAUGCACAGAACAAAGAAGCUAGGCAAAUACGAGUUUUACAGCUUCGAAAAAUGCUUGACCUUCUGGUGCACGCAUCUCAGUGCCGUUCCCCACAUUGUCAAUAUCCAAAUUGUCGCAGGGUGAAGGGUCUUUUCCGCCAUGGGAUACAAUGCAAAAUCCGUGCUUCUGGAGGUUGUGUUCUGUGCAAGAAAAUGUGGUAUCUCUUGCAACUCCAUGCUCGAGCUUGCAAGGAAUCUGAAUGCCACGUACCACGUUGCAGAGAUCUGAAAGAGCAUAUGAGGAGGCUGCAACAGCAAUCUGAUUCCCGACGAAGGGCAGCAGUGAUGGAGAUGAUGCGGCAACGAGCUGCUGAGGUUGCUGGCAAUGCUGGAUGACCAGCGUGUACAUACAGUAAUUGGUGUCACGGUUAAUUACGUUCCAUGGAGGGGCUUCCAGAUGGAGGAUAGAUUAUUUGCUUCUCUGGUAAGAAUGAACUAUCCUGGUGCGUGGGUUGUUGGGUUGUUGGGGGAAGAGUUUUGGUGAAGACAGAAAAAUGAAACAGCUGCAGAUUGUUAACAGUUAGUUGGAGAUGGAAAUUCUUGUUCUAGAUUUCUUAUCAUGCAUGGCUGUUCUUUCCUGGAGGAAGCUGUGCGGUUUAUUUUUCAGAGCUACCAUCCACCAGCAACUGCACCCUUUUGGAGUGGGAGAAUACUAAAGAAGCGUUUUAUCGGUGGCCAAUUUGGUGAUUCUUUGAUUUCAUGGUCUCUUGUAUCAGUCCAGUCCAGUGCCAUCUUCUGUGGCAAAUGUACCAUAGUUGUUCUCACCUGUCUAGCUUAUUAUUUUUCUUUUUCCUUCUCUUUUUGCACAAAGGAUUUUGGGAGGGAGUUAAGUUUUAUAGUCCUUUUUUUGUUUUCCUUCUCCUUUGAUCUGCUUGUUCUUCUUCCCUCCUCGAAUACCGUUUUGUAGAUUGUCAUCUUGUUUAGAAAUGAAAAAGAAAUAAUUAUAUUAUAAUUAUAAGCUGUUGAUCUUAAAGCAGCAAGUUGUAGAUGAAGCCAGUAAGUAAUUGGGGCUUCAAUUUUA